AUGCCAAAGGUACAUCCAGAUUCGCCGAUUCGUUUCCAUACCUUUUCUACUCCACUCUUUCAUAUACCCAAAUCUCCUCCCAUUAUAGCUAUCGAUACGACAACGCUGGUUGAUCUCCUUCCAGACCCGCAGAAGGAUAUCUUAAUUCAACACGUUGCUCCAGCAGUAGGCGCACUACCAGAGGUGGUACCUCUCUCCCUUGGCCUCCUCUUCUCUGCUGUCGCGCACUCUGGCUGGCGUCUGGACACCUCACGACUCUUGGAUGCCGCCGCUGCUGUCGGCAAUGGACGGGAUAAAGUGCUACCAAGCACUCUUUUUGAACGUGAUUUCACUCUCUCCUUCUGGCUCCAACGUGAGCCCAAACAGGAUGAUGAUCAUGAAACCAUUCUCUGCAGUCAAGAGGACACAGGUGAGGGUCGGUUCCAGUGA